CGCCCGCCCUCGGCACAGCCUCGCACGGCGGGCAGAGCGAGCGGUGGGCGGCGGAUGGCGGCGGCGGGGCUGGGCCCCCGGACGGUGGCGGCAGCGGGAGCAGCCGCCGGAGCCAGCAGCGCCCCGAGCGGCUCAUGGUGGCGCCCGAGACCCGAGAGCAGCGGCCGCUCCGGCAACGCCAGCUGAGCCGGAUCCCGGCGGUACCCAGCGCGGGCCGGCCCCCGGCGCUCCCCUCCCCUCGCGGGCUCGCUCCUGCCGGGGUCGCCUCAGGGCAGCGGCGAAGGGCGCCGGGCGGCGCCAGCGGCGGGACGAUGGGCGCCAAGCAGAGCGGCCCGGCCGCCGCCAACGGCCGCACCCGGGCGUACUCGGGCGGGGACUUGCCCUCCGGCAGCGGCGGCGCCGGCGGGCGCUCGGCGGGGGCCGGCGGGCGAUACGCGCCGGUGGCGCCCCAGGCAGCCCCCGCGGGCUCGGCGGCGGGAGCCGCGGCCGCCGCGCCCGUGGCGGCGCCCCGGAGCAGGUCCCUCGGCGGGGCGGCAGCCUCCGGGGCCAGGGCCGCCCAGUCAGCCUUCAGCAUCCCCCACAGCAGCGGCCCCUACGGCUCGCAGGACUCGGUGAACAGCGCGGCUGAGGAGGGCGGCCGGGGGCGGCCCGCAGGGGGCGGAGGACACGGCGGGCCCCGGCUCGUGAUCGGUUCGCUGCCAGCGCACCUCUCACCGCACCUGUUCGGAGGAUUCAAGUGCCCUGUAUGUUCAAAGUUUGUAUCUUCAGAUGAAAUGGAUUUGCAUCUUGUGAUGUGUUUGACGAAGCCAAGGAUAACCUACAAUGAGGAUGUACUGAGUAAAGAUGCUGGGGAGUGUGCAAUAUGCCUGGAAGAGCUGCAGCAGGGGGAUACUAUAGCACGACUGCCUUGUCUAUGCAUAUAUCAUAAAGGCUGCAUAGAUGAGUGGUUUGAAGUAAAUAGAUCUUGUCCUGAACACCCUUCAGAUUGAGACCAACAAGAUUCCUCUUUUGUAGCUUCUUACAUGGAUCAGAAAAUGUAGAGGAUUUGAGAUUGUCUUUGAACACAAAUUUGAGAACAUACGUGGCUUCAGACUUGUGUUCCUGUGUAUCUGGAAAAGGCAACCAUAGACAAUCGUGUGGAACAAAAACUGCAGAGUCCAAUUGCUUGCCAGUAGAGUCAGCAUACCAAACAUGCAUAUAAAGGACACGCAGGGAUUUUGAAAAUGCUGCACAUCCUGUAACAAUCUUCUCGCCACAGAUGUUAUUGAUGAUUUGUACUUGAAAGGCCAAAGUGACUAAUUUCAGUCUAACUUUUAAGUUCUCUGCCGAAGCAGGUUAUGGUUGUCUCUCUUCUUACCCAAAUGGAAACUGAUGCAUUCUAAAUCAACACUAUCUGAAACAUUUUCGUGAGGAUCACCAUAUUUUUGAGUGGAAGUGUUUUAAUCUUCUCUUAGGCUGAAGAAGAGUAAAUGGCAAGCAGUCUAGCAGUGUGACCUUAUUCACUGAACUCACACCCAGUCCUCAGUACAUUCUUCACCUUCAAGAACAGGAAAUGAAAACUACUUCCACAUAGGAAAACUGUAUUUCAAAGUUUUUUUUAAACUAAACCUUUGUCAGAAUGCUGUCCAAAGAGUAAAACCAAGGCAGGUGACUAAUUUAUAUUGAUCGAGCUAUAGAAUUGUUGAAAUCUGUAUGCUGUAUUGCUAUUUAAGUGUACUAAAAUUUCUCUGUUUUACAGCUUGUGGUUAAAAAAUGCAGCAAAGCAUAAUCUUGCAGCUAUGCAAUUUUUUUUAAUGGGAGAAUUUACCAAUUUUAAGUGCUGCCAGUUAAGGUAAUUUGUUUAACGGGUAUUUUUUUUAAAUGUUUCAGGUAAUUAUUUUAUUGUACUACUUUCAUCUCCAGGCUGCCUCUUUAGGUUUAGGGGAAUAACUGCGAAAAUGGGCACGGUGAAGUUUCCUAGGCAUUAGAGUAAUGAUAUUACAUGGGGGCGGGAUUUGCAUUAACUUUUGAAACACUUUUAUACGUAAAUUUUUUAAUUGAAAUUUUCUUGAUAGCAGAGCCAUAGUAAUUUGCACCUAACAUCACUUAUCUGUUUAUGUGGACAUUAGCAUUGGCAGUAUUUUUAACAUGCACCUGCAUUUGUUUAAUUUAUUACUAUAUUACUAUAUUUGUCUUACCAGGGCUUAUCAAACAUGGGAUAUCCAUAGGGGGAAACAGCAAACAAAAUGUGGAUAAAUAUUAGUUCCUAUAAAACAUCAUAAUUAAAAAACAAAACAAAAUGGAACAGAUAUCAUGGCUGAGAAGGAAAACAUUACUUUAUUUCAAGGACAGAUAUGAAGCAGCUUCUGAAUUUUCACAUUAUAGGGAUGGAUUAUGAAUAGUUAUUAGUGACUGCAAUUUUUAGUUAAGUUUCAACAGCAAAAAUAAAUUACACAACACCUUUUUCUUAAGUGUCUAAGUAUUGUCUUGUGUGCUCAAUUUGGCUUGCAUUGUAUUCUUAAGUCUAUAUUUUUCUCCUCUGUUGCUGCUGUUUCAUAUUAAAAAUGGCAAGUAAAGGAGCAACUGCUGCAACCCAGAAGAAUUAGUGCACUGCACACUAUAAGAAUCCCCCAUUUUGCUUGUCAAAUGUCUUUAGUCUAGAAAACCUUUUUCCUUAAACUUUAUGCUGUGAAAUGCCUUUUGCUAUGCUGCAAAUCUGAUGCAAUCAAAACUGGUUAAUGCUGACAACUGACAGUACAGUUUCCACGGGCCUUUUUUCCUUACAUAAUCACUCUCAAUUGAAUCUAUAGUUAUAGGUCCCAAUCAUACUCUCUUUGACUUCAGUGGGAGCAGGAUCAGACUCUGACGUGUUUUAAACUGUGAAGACACAUCAAACAAGCUCUCCUGACAAAUGUCUGACAGUAGUUUCCAGUAUAGGUUCUGUUGUUGCAGGGAAUUGUUUUGCUUCCUUGUAUUAAGGAGAAAAAGUUACAGCAGCUGUAAUAUUUUACUAGGGACCUUGCUACCUAGAGGCUUACUUUCCUGGUAUUUUGAAUCACAUCUUCUGAAAGUAAUUUUUUUGCAUUUAUAUUGACUUAACAUUUGUUGUUGGCUUCGUGCCAUACAAUGUCAGUGCACAAUACACUUUAGUGCUCAUCAUCCUCCAUCCACAACGAACUAUGGGCUCAACUGCUAGAGCAGAAAUUCCUCUGUAAUUUACAAUGAAAGUUUGGCGUGUUUUGGUGUCCUGUGCUUCAAGGUUGUAGGUAGUCUUUGGUUUAGGGAUUAAGUCGAUCAGUAUUUAAACAUGAAUCUGUUUACCAUUUAUGCGUGAUUUCAGUAGUUCACUCUUUCAAUUCAUCUGCUGCUUUUUCAAAACCUGAAUCUUUUAAAUUUAAAUGAAUAAGUAAACGGUUGAAAGGACAAACUUCCCAGCAUUUAUCAUCACUGUCAGAAGUUUAAGGCCAGCGUCCAUGCUGUAGUUGAAACAUGCCAGCAGCUGUCACUUUUAUAUAUCGUGGUUACUUGCAGGUUUGCCCCCCUGGCCAUUGGAGAGAGUGGAUUUUUUUGGUCUGUUUGGGGUUGUUAGGAUGGCUUCAGUCCUGGGGCCUAAUCCUAGAUUCCUGGUUCAUCCAAAACACCUUCUGAAGUCAAUGGAAGUUUUGGCUGAGCCAAGGAAAGAAGGGUUAGAUCCUUACUGUGAACAAAGCUUGGAACAAUAUGGAAAGAUUAAACAAAAGCUUGUAUUCAGAACUCCUUGUGGAAGUUCAUGUAUGUAAGCUUUCAUCUCAAACUAUUUUGUCAAUAUUAUGAAAAAAAUUUGUGUACACAUAACUACAUAAUUAAGCCUACCCUCAUUUUAAAAAUAUCCCCUCUCCAAGGUCUUGGACCACUGUGCUUCAAUAGGGGAAAAAGUGUUCACUCUUUGAGUAGAGGAAGACCACACUUCCACACAUUAGAAGCCAAUAGGUUAUGAUAAAAUUUAGGUGUGCCACAUUUUCUGCUUGUAAAUAUAUAGAUUACCAAUUUAUAUUGCUUCAGUUUUUCUUUCAUCUGACCUAUAUCUUGCCCAAGUAUGUAAGAGUGAACUAAUUCCCAUACUCAGGUUUGCCAUAUACAUACUGCUUACUGGAAAGAGAAGAAAAGACAUGAAAUGUGAAGUUUUUCAAAACCUCAUUAUAUAACAAAUGUCUCAAGUAAAAGCUUUGUUUAAAGGUGAUAGGGAGUAGUUAUGAUUUGGGUUUUAUAUGAUCAUCCCAUAUGGUAUCAGAGAGCCAUGCUGCUAACAGUUACAGGACUGUGAUUAUCCUGUCUUUUGUAUCUUUAAUGCAUCUGUUAUCACUUAUGUUUUAAAAAGUGAGCUAGUUUUCCCUGUGCAUGUACUCUAGACAUUGAUUUGAGUGGAAUGUAAAAGGAAAGAUGGUGAGCCUACUUCAGAUUUGCAGUAUUUUAUUUGGGGAAAAAUGAGUUUAAAUAGAUUAUAAACUAGAGCGUCUCCCAAUUCUAGUGUGCAAGGGGAAGUGUACUGCAGUAUUUCUAAAUGGGGCAUUUGAAGGUAACCCACAAUGGUGAGAGUGAAUUCUUUGUGAUCUUUUUUGCUUCUUUAUGAUGUAAAGGGGGCUUUAUGAUUUAAAAAAACAAACUCCCCUGAAAGAUUACAGGUAUCUUGGUUUGAGUUCCGUUUUUGCUAUAGGACUUGAGAGCUAGUAAGAUUAUGACCUCACAAAAGACUAAAACCUAAGCAAUUGUGGGGAAAAAGAAUUCUGCAUCCAAACUUUUGAAACUUUGUUUUGGUUAUAAUAUCUAACUCCUCCUGACAAAAACUUGGGAGAAAAGCUUUCUUGCUGGAAGAUUGAGCACGACUACUCUUUUAUUUGAGGGCUUAAGAUGUUCCCUCUUCAAUCUUCCAGGGAAAAAAGUUAAAACAUAAUAUCCUUGAUAUCUCUAAGGAAACAGGGACAAACAAUAUUUUUUAAAAUGCAGUUGCUUUUAGUUCCUUUCCAAGUCUCUGUGAAUCUGAGCUGCUUUAUCACAUGGAAUAGAAUGAUUCCACUUAGAUUCAGUGUAGCUGUUUGUAUUUGCUAAUUCUGUGGUAGAGAGGGAGUUUUCUGACCGAAUACAGAAAUGCUAACAUGAAGAUUCUGAGUUUAUCCAUGCCAAUGGGUAAUCUCAGCUCUGAUUUGACCAGGGCAAAAUUUUGCUGUUCAUGCUUCGGUCCCUCAAACUUUAUGCAUAAGCUUCAAAACUUUCUUCUUUUCUUCCUCCUCCUACCCCAACAUGCUAUAUGAUUUUUAGGAAUUUAUUCUACCCCUCUUCUUUGGACAAAGCUCCCAUUGAUGUCAGUUAGAAAUAUAUUACAUCAUCUCAUUGGAAGAGGAACGGUUGUCAGAACUCUUGUUUCAACCACUUCUAAGGUGCUUUUGUCAGUGGGUGCAGCUUGCAUCAGUUAAGUUUUUGCCAUCUGAAAUGGCCUGAGGCAGGAGAUUCUAAACAAAACAGUGGCCACGCUUUCUUUAUGAGGUAUGAAAUUCUUUAAGAACUGGCACUGUGCUCUAUUGCACAUGUUGAAUAGAGAAGUGCAUUGCUCACUUCUAAAAUUAGCUUUGUCAUGACAGACAUUCAAGCUGUUUUCCCUGUUGGAAUGGAGGACCCUGACUGUGCUUUAGGUGUGCAUUUGUCUGGUUUUUGGUUGUGCUUCCGAAAUUGAAACUGAGGUUUUGAAAUCCUUGUUCCAGAAAUUUCUCAGGCCACUGUACAGUGUUCUAAAGACUACAGGCUAACUUACUUUCCUAAUGGGUAUGUUGGAGUCACAGACUGGAUAAAUUGUAAACUGACUUAAUGAGAGGCAUUACUAGUUAAUGGAAGAUUUUCUCCGAUAAAUAACUAUAGCAGAUUUGCAUUGUCAGAAGAUUGGACUUGAUUGGCUUGUAUGCCUUUGCUGGCUCUGGCAUCGAUGAUCCUUUCCCUAACGAGUUGCCAAUGUACAGUAGCUAGCGUGCCUACUGCCUACCUGUUUGCUAAUUGCUCAUCUCCUUGUGUCAGCUCCUAAUUAACAUGUUUGUAUGAGACUUUUGCCCUGGGGUCUGCUUUGACAAAGGUUUUCAAUGAUAAGAUUGAGUAGACUCUGGCAGAGUUUCAAAUGUAAGUAAAUCUGUCCGCCCGUCAGUAAAUAGUUCUCGUUUCCUCAGAAGCUCUCCUUUUUUCUUUUUUUUAAACCCUUAUUUUGUUAUAUGGGAAAGUAUUUGAAUGGUAAAUAUAGGUGGUCACAAGCUCCCAAGGGUUAUGAUAAUUAAUGGGUACAUCCAGGUGUAUGGUCAUGUAUAUAAGGGGUUCUGUUAAAAUACAUGUCAAAAUAAAGCUGAAGUGUUGAUCGUUGUAUAGCAGAUAACACUCUUCUCGCUGACUUUGCCAAACUGUUGCACUUGAGGAGUUGGGGGCAGCUCAGUUAUUGAUGGGAUGUUUUAAUGAAUGUCUUAGUUUAAAAACUUCAACCUAUUUUAACAAGUGGUGAUUCAGCCUGGAACCUUUCCACUUGCCUGAGAAACUCUCAUACUCUCUUCUUACCAUUAAGCAGCAAUCUGAUGGUAGAAGAUGAAGUGUAGCCACCGGUUCACGUACCUGUUUCCACAAAAUUAAGCGUCCACAAAGUGCUAGAUGGAACUCUGUAAUAGUUUAUGAAUGCUACAAUUAUUUGUAAUGGUAAUGGACAAGAAGUCUUCCUUCAUUACCUUGAGCAUAAGUAAGAAUGUAAUUUGCAAUGUAAAACAUGUUUGUAAAUUUUGUAAUUGAGCAGUAUGAUUGGAAGAUGACUUGUGUUGGGGUACAUUUUUUGAUGGUCUGUCAAUAUGUAAUCAUGAAUUAAAUAUUUUUUUAUUGAUUUUAGGUUAAAUGUUUAACAUUCCAUUUAUGUAAAAUAUGUACAAAUAUAUGUAAUAAAUCUUUUGAAGCCACA